AUGCCUUGGUUACCCGAGCAGCGGAUGCCGAUGACCGCUGAAGUUCGAAAUGAACUCAUCGUGAACUGUAUUGUCGUUUCCAUUACCUUGGUUGUCGUUACGCUGAGAGUGGUCGGGCGUAUCUACGGGCCUGGAUUUGGAUGGGAUGAUGCACUCGUUGUGCUUGCAACGGUCUCAUUUGGAAUGCAGCCCGUAUACAUGACCCUCCUCGCUCUAUGCAAAGCCAGUAUGCUGUGCUUUUACCUCCGAGUCUUCCCGACACAAUUCAUGAAAUACGCCUCGAUAAUCUGCCUCGUCCUUGUCGGUCUGUGGAAUAUUGCUUGUGUCUUUGCCUCUAUAUUCCUUUGCAAGCCCAUCUCAGCUCAGUGGACGGGGCUGGGAGUGUGCGGAGCUUACAUUCCCUUUAUCCAAUCGGUGAUUGCUACAAACGCAGCCGGUGACUUGGUCGUGAUGGCUUUGCCCAUGAGGUCCUUGUGGAAGUUACAGAAGAGAAAGACGGAAAAGCUGGCGAUCAUGGCCUGUUUCUCUUUAGCUACGGCAGUUGUCGUCUGUGCCAUCUUCCGCAUCGUUUAUAUCUCGACCGUCGACCUAGCCAUGAACGUCACCGGUACCAUGCCCACGACCAUCCUCCUCUUCAUCCUCGAACCCAACCUCGCCAUUCUCUGCGUCAGCAUCCCCAUGCUUCGGCCAUUCUUUACAAGGUUUAGAAAGGGCGGAGGUAGUUCUGGCGAGGGAUCAAGCGGUUACCCGUCUGCGCUCGGAUCCGGCGCCGGUAACAGUAAGAAGGGGUCACGGUCGAAGGACUUGUCAACCUGGGAGAUGGGAACAUACGGCCACGCUAUGAAAGGAAGCCAUGAUGCAAAUGUCUCUCGGGCGGACGAUGAGUCGGGUUCCGAGAGGAGAUUGACCACGACAUCCAUCAUGCAGGAUGAGAUUCGCGUGCAGAAGGAUUGGAGCGUCAGACACGACUAG